CUUCUUUGACGGGAUCCAUUUCGCAAUUUCCACGCAGUACACCUCGAUGCCAGCGGACUUCGACCAGAAUGCAAUCAAGCGGCCAGGACUGGCCGCGACGGUCAGUGCGAACGAUGUAUCGGCAUUGCUGAGUAUGAGCGCCUCGCCUUCUUCGUCGUUCGAGCGUAUUCGAAUCGGGAAAUGUCCACAAACACCUCGUUCACGCAGACCGCGAGAGACCAUUACGCUCACGCCCCAGGAGAUGCAAACUCUCAGCGCGGACGAAAUACGCAAACGGAAGAACGCGGUUGCCGCGCAGCGUGCGCGGGACCACAAGGAACAACGCACGAGGGAUUUGGAAGAUAUGGUGCGAGAACUCUGGAAGCGAGUGCAAUAUCUUGAGUCAGUGAUCCAAGUACUGCACCCGAACGAGUCGAUGGAUGGUCUGUACAAUCAAUACGAACCCUACGCGGUGUCACGAACCAUUCGUCCGCUGAUCCGUGUGGAUGAUGAGAGCGGACGUUCGCCACCGUCAAGUAACAUGAAGCAGCUGGCCUGGCUGCUGGUGCUUUAA